AUGAUCCGCCGCGUCCAGGGGGAGGUCUGCGCCGCGCUGGAGGAGGCCGAGGGCAGCGGGCAGCGGUUCGUCGAGGACGUCUGGUCGCGCCCCGGCGGGGGCGGGGCUAUCAGCCGGGUGCUCCAGGACGGCCGCGUCUUCGAGAAGGCCGGGGUCAACGUCUCCGUCGUGUACGGGGUCAUGCCGCCCGACGCGUAUCGCUCGGCCAAGGGGGAGGCCAGGAAGAACGGGGCCGCGGAUGGCCAGAAGGCCGGGCCCGUGCCAUUCUUCGCCGUGGGGAUUAGCUCGGGUUACAAAAUGUUUCCUCAAUUUAUAUGGUACUUUAAUUUUCUAGGGUUACAAAAUGUUCCCAAGAAUCCAUUUGCCCCAACGUUGCAUUUUAACUACCGUUAUUUCGAGACAGAUGCACCAAAAGCAGACUCCCGGUCGCAAACUCGCAAUAGAGCGCUAGGGCCGGCCGGCUGGGUGGAGGGCGUGAGCUGUGGAGGCACCGGCAUCGGCGGCGGCGGGGCACUCGUUUCCAAAAUCCACGCCGGCACAUCCCCCGAUGCAUCGCGGGCAACGGCGCAUCCCCCGACGCUCCAAGAUCCCUCGACGCUCCAAGAUCAUUGGCGGCGGCUCGACGACUUCUCCCUCGACGCAUCCCCCGAUCAAGUAUUCAAGGAUGGGAUCCAGGUCAGUUCCCCUGGGUUGCCUAGCUAUUUUGGGAGCGAUUUUCGUGGCUUGAUGUAUGGCUGCAAGUUGAAGAGGGUUUCAUCGGCAACAACAAAGCAGGUUGAGGAUAGUCUUGAUGCUAUCUCCAUUGACCACUCACCAAGGCCUACCAGGAAAAAGAGGGCUAAAGUUUGGGCUUAUGUUGACUCAGAGAUAGUUGAUGGAAUUGAGAAGGCUGUCUGCAAGUAUUGUCUAAUUGCAAAGUACUUCCUUAGUGCUGAGGUUGCAUUUCGAAAAGCAGAUGAUCCUGCUUGGAAAGAGAUGUUGAAUUAUUACUGUCUCAUGUUGUAUGAAGAAGAGAAAUUACAGCUACAUCAAAAGAUCACAAAGUUGAAGUCUCAUGUCAGUUUAUCUGCUGAUUUGUGGUCGUCUAACCAAAAUUUGGGGUAUCUCGAAGUUACAGCUCAUUACAUUGAUAAAAAGUUUGAGCUCCAUAAGAAGAUUAUUGCAUUCAAGCAGAUCUCUUUCCCCCACAACUCAUUUGUUGUGCAAGAUGGCAUCACGGCUUGCUUGAUGGAGUGGGAUUUGGUUGAUCGUGUGUUCACGGUGAGUCUAGAUAAUGCAAGCGUGAACAACAGAGCGAUUAAAGACUUGCGUGCCGCUCUAGUUGUUCAGAUGUUCUUUAAGGGUGAACACCUACAUGUCAGAUGUGCUGCUGAUGUGCUCAAUAUAAUGGUUCAAGCAGGAUUGCAAGUCAUACUAAAUGCAGUUGGAAGAGUAAGGGACAUUAUCAAGGUUGUCACAUCUACACCUUCACGUGUGCAAACAUUCAACUCAGUCGUUCAGGCAUUAGGUCUGAAAGGCAAGUCGGGGCUGGUUCUAGAUGUUCCCCGCCGAUGUAAUGCUACAUAUGACAUGCUGAAUGAAGCUCUGAAGUAUAAAGCAGCUCUCAACAGAUUCGUAGCAGAGCAAUAUCAGGAUGUUCCUAGUGAACAAGAUUGGCAGAAAGCUGAAGCACUUCAUGAAUUUCUAGAACAGUUCAGUUCUUUUACUUGGACUGUUGAGAAUGCAGAAGUGGAAGCGAAGAUGAGAGAGCUUAGACAUUACUUGAAGAAAUAUUAUCUAGAGUAUGAGAGGAUUGUGAGGAGCAACACCGUACCUAUCUUCAUUCAAUAUGAAGAGGAAGCUUUAAGUCAGGGUGAUUCAAGUUCUUCUGGACUUCAUGGCAAACAGCGUGUAGAGUUUGCAUUUGCUCAAUUUUCAUCACAAAACUCGAGUACUCGCUCAGAAAGAUUAGAGUUGGAUAUUUAUUUGGAUGAUUCUAGAGUACUGAUGAAGGUCAACCAAUGA